AUGAUAACAGUGGGGCUCAUGCACACAUUGUUAAACAAGGCUGACAGGUAUGAUAACAGGUAUGACAGGUAUGACAGGUAUGACAGGUAUGACAGGUAUGACAGGUAUGACAGGUAUGACAGGUAUGACAGGUAUGACAGGUAUGACAGGUAUGACAGGUAUGACAGGUAUGAUAACAGUAUGACAGGUAUGACAGGUAUGACAGGUAUGAUAACAGUGAGGCACAUGCACACAUUGUUAAACAAGGCUGACAGGUAUGAUAACAGGUAUGACAGGUAUGACAGGUAUGACAGGUAUGACAGGUAUGACAGGUAUGACAGGUAUGACAGGUAUGACAGGUAUGACAGGUAUGACAGGUAUGACAGGUAUGACAGGUAUGAUAACAGUGGGGCACAUGCACACAUUGUUAAACAAGGCUGCGGUCUUCAAAAACUUGAAAACCCUAUUUUUUGA